AGCUCACCAGACCCCUGCGCAGGCUCUGAGCAUCCUGUCCCGCCACAUGCAAAGGACUGCCUUGGUUCCAGUACAGGAGGGUACAACUCAUGAACGUGGUCUGGACAAUAGGGCAGGAUUUGAUCUUAGCAUUUUGUUUGUUUGUGCUAAAAAUGUACUGUCAUUUAAUUACAAUUAGACUGUGUUACUUUUGCUUUAAAAUAAAUGGUUUUCUUCCCUGUUUCUCUGUGUUGAUGCCAGUGUAAGGCAAAGCUUUUAGACUAGUGCAUCUACAUAUGUAAUGAAGGAGAAUUUACAAUAGGAUCUUACUGUAUGUGACACGGAUAUAUCAUUCCUCCACCCCUUGGUAAAUUGUUUUGCUGGAGGCUACAUCAUUCUAUCAAGGUAGUAUGUUGGGAGUUGAUGGAGGCAUGAAUGAUUCACCAUGUACAAAGCCUGGCUGAACUGAGUUGAGCUGCAGCAUGUUGGGCUGGCCUUUGAUGCAGACUGGUUGGACAGGUUCCUGGUCUGCUGAGGAACCGGUUUGACAGGCCUGUUAUGCCAACAAAUUCUGGUAUGAUUCCAUGUUCUACAGAAUGUAGAAACCUGCCCAGCCAGUUAAAUGAAAGGCAUAUUAGGUUAUCCAUUGCACAUUGUAUGUAUCUUAGGUGCAGCAGAUCUCUUCUCAGCAUUCUGUAGUGUGGUCCAUAGCAGCUUCCUCAUUUCAUUUAUGCCUGCGGUUUAUAGCUUAAGGGAGAAUCAGCAGGAAAUAUUCAUCAUCCCUGAUCGAGAACAGAACUUUUCACACUUAAAAGGGCAAUGGGUUCCACAAAGAAGCAUUGUAUGAUGGCUCAAGGUGAAGCAUUUCAGCUGUGAAGAUGUAUGGAGACCUCUAUCAUGACUUCAGUUGGUGACCAGUAGUUAUCCGUAAUUCCAAAAGGCAUGCAGCUGUCUUCAGAAACAAACUUCAUAGCUAUGUAAUUUAAAACUAAAAAGGAUAGAGUGAACAAGUACCAUAGAUAAGAUAAGUGAAAACAGUUACAUUGGAAAAGACAAGAUGAAUGUUUCUGGAGGAAGUUGUGGGAGCCCUAGCUCUGCUGAAUCUACUGGUGACAUCUUCAAGGAUCUGUGGUCCAAACUAAAAGAAUAUCAUGAUAAAGAAGUACAAGGAUUACAGUUGAAAAUAUCCAAACUGAAAAAGGAAAGGUGUUUGGAUGCAGAGAGGCUUGAAGAGUUUUAUACCAAAAAUCAACAGCUGAGAGAGUAUCAGAAAGGACUUCAUGACACUAUCAAAGUUUUAGAAGACAGAUUAAGAGCAGGAUUGUGUGAUCGCUGUGCAGUAACUGAGGAGCAUAUGAGAAAGAAACAGCAGGAGUUUGAAAAUAUCCGGCAACAGAACCUUAAACUUAUCACGGAACUUAUGAAUGAAAAAAACAACUUACAGGAUGAAAAUAAAAAGAUAUCUGAACAGCUUCAGCAGUUGCAGAAGCAGAUGAAGGGGAGAGAUCAACAAGCAGUGGAAUUAGAGGAAGGGGUCAUUCCAGAUUCACCAGUUCAAUCUUUUUCACUAUCCAUGGUUAAUCGUAUCCGAAGAAAGAAAGAGAACAGGCAUGUCCGAUACACAGAGCAAACACAUACAGAUCUGAAGCAUUCUGAAAGCACUAACGAGUUUGGAAAAGUUUCAUUGUCGUCAUCCACUCAAAUUCCUAACCAUGGUGGAAAGGAAAUACUAGUGGCAGACACCUGUGACCAAGAACUGUCCCCUAUAGCAAAUAAACAAGGGAUGGGAAGCUAUCCUGUUGCAAAGCCAUCUUUUAACUUGGCUGCAGUUGUUGCAGAAACAAUUGGACUCAUUCAAGAAGAAUCUGAGUCCCAGAGCGUACUGAAUGCUCUUAGAAGUAACAUUCCAGUGACCCAGGUGCCUCAGAGCCCACAGUGGGAAGAUUCCAGAAAACAGCUAGCUCAUGAAUCAUCAAGAAAUGACGACAACUUGGGACUUUCAGAUCCAUCUCAAAACACUCCACCAGAUGUAGACUGGGAUUCUCAGGUAGCUUCUCCUGUUUUCGGCGCAUCUAACAACAUGAAGAACAGCCUGACUUCAAGUCUUUCCCCUUCUGUUUUAGAAACAGGACAGAAGUCCAAUGCCAAAAAAAAACCUUUCAACAGUACUUUCAAUUCUAGAUCUCAUAAAGUUAGAUCAAAAUCUGAAGAUGUUGCUCUUGUUGCACCACUUAAUCUUGGGGCUGAAGUAAACUCUGUUAUCAGCCAGGUCUCAGCCAGUAGGCAGAUGGUUGUGAAAAGCGAUGUUAAUGAAUCCAUAACUUGUGUGGUCAACACUUGCUCAGGUAAAGAUGAGAUGAUCAAGAAUGACUUCCUCCUUGCACCUCACAAACAAGUGGCAGAUAGAUAUGCUAAAAGAAAGAAAACAGAAGAUGAGCUUGUGACUAGCUGUGAAAAAACAUCUUUCAACAAAGAAAACUCUUCCCCUUUUCAAGCAGACUUUCAACCUGUUAAUGGAGAUCAUAUAAUUGAUAAGCCUCUGGACCUGUCUGAUCGUUUUUCUGCUAUUCACUGUCAAGAAAAAAGCUCAAGAAGUGAUGAGAUCUGUAAAAAUAAACUAAGAGAGGUCACGCUGCAUGAUGUUUUUUCACAGCUGGUGAAGCCCAUUCCAAAGGGUUCUUCAUCCAUCCAAAAUAGCAACAAUGGAAGCUAUUUGUCAGGAAAAGAGUCACAAGAAGAUCCCUAUGUACAGGAGAUGAUUCUCCAGUCACAUGGCAAAACAUGUCCAGAUGAUAAACCUUUGAUGCAAAUAAAAGAAGAAAUCUCUGCUUUCAAAAUUCCAUCAUUGCCAAACACAGUGGAGACAGAACUACUUUUUGAUGACAUGAAGGUUGCCGGUGGCCAUGAACCAAUUAGAAAGAAAACCAGGACAGGACAUGGAGAAUGUGAGCUGGCAUCUGUGCUUCAACCAAACCCUUGUAGAAUAACAAAAACUAAACCACUGCAAAAUGAACAAGAUAAACCAUCCUUAGAAAAUAUGCAGUGGAGUAUAGAUCCAGGAGCAGACCUUUCCCAGUACAAAAUGGAUAUUACGGUUAUUGGCACCAAGGAAGGCUCUCAAUCAAGAGUAGGAGGAGAGACUGACAUGGACUACACAUAUGUUAGUGAAAGCAUGCUAUUAAAAAUGAAAACCCAAGAGCAGAAAGGAGAAAGCAGUCCAAAGGGAGAAAGAAAAAUGAAUGAUAGCUUAGCAGAAAUGUUUGAUCGGACAUCAUAUGAAGAAUAUAAAUCUUGUCUAGAAGAGGAUAGUUCUUCAGCAUGUGGUGAAAAAGAAAAUCCUCUUGAGGAAGAGGAGGAAAAUGAGGAAGUGUUAUCAGCAAGCAAACUAAUGAAGCAUGAGAAUAAACAAGAUAAAACCAAGCAGAAAGCUUUUGUGGAGCCAUAUUUUAAAAGUGAUGAAAGAAAAAAUACGGUGUUAGGUUUUCCUCAUAUUGAGGUUGUUCGGAAGAGAGAAGAGAGAAGAAAAUUGCUGGGCCAUACCUGUAAGGAAUGUGAAAUAUAUUAUGCAGAUAUUCCAGAAGGGGAGAGAGAAAAGAAGUUGGCUGCUUGUUCAAGACAUCGAUUCCGCUACAUUCCUCCUAGUACACCAGAAAACUUCUGGGAGGUUGGAUUUCCUUCCACUCAAACUUGUGUGGAAAGAGGCUAUAUUAAAGAGGAUCUUGCGCCCUGUCACCGUCCAAAAAGAAGGCAGCCUUACAAUGUGAUGUUUUCUCCAAAAGGCAAAGAACAGAAGACAUAAAUGAUGGGGAAACAAAGCACAUAAAUAUGGGGAAAGUCUUUCCUGUCAUUAGAUAUUUAUAGUUAAUAUAAACUUGAAAUAAAAAUACUGUGGAUUUUUCCAAAAUGAUAAAUCAUUUCAUUAGAUAUGUAAAUCAUUUCCCUCUUAGAAAGUUCAUUUGAAAAUCUGAAGUAUGUAUCAGGAAACACUACUAUUUAAUGUAUGUUUGUUUCAUUUUGUGUUAAUAUGUUUUGUCUUAAUUUUGCACCUUUAAGACAGUAGGUCUGCUCCUGUUUCCUCCCAUUGAAGUCAAUGGCUAAAUGCCCAUUGGACCAUAUCCAAACCUGAAGUAAGGUGGGUGUGACUUCUUUGAACUCAGUGGAGUUCUACCUGCUCAUUCUAAGUCUAAAUGUUGCUUAUAAAUUUCAGUGGGAGCAGGACUGGACCUGGUGGGGUGCUUCCAUUUUGCACUGGAUAACUUAAAGGAUUUAUCACCUUCCCUCUUUUGUAAUAAUUGUGAUAUAUCUAAUUGCAAUAAACAAAGUAGUAUUUAUUAAUGA